AUGAACGACCAGCAGGAAGGAGCUGACGAAUCUCUUCCAUUUUCAUUAAAACAUUUCCGAAAAUGGAUGAUAUGCUUUGUUGUCUGCAACUUUAACGUGGAUGUUGGACCAGAGAUAGAGAGCGUCUAUCCGCCAACUCCUCUUGCCAGCUCAGACCUCUCAGCAAUUUGUUUCAACAGCUUUCCUGAACGUCACGAGGGAGAGAUAACAGAAGAUCUCAGUUUUAGCUUUGCUCUUCGUAAUCAUUCUCCCAAAGUCAGUUUUGAUGCUUUUGAUUAUCUCUAUGGCAAACAAGACUACUUUCACGGCACUUGUCUUUUCCGUCAGGAGCAAGACAACACUGUCAAAAGGCGUUUCGGGCAGAAAAGUCUGGUUCUAUUAUCCCAGCACGAUUUCCCCGGUCUCUGGGUCAAACUGCUACACCUUAUGACAUCCAACAACGCUCUCGGAGAUAUUGCUGUCCUUGAGACCGCAUGUAUGCAUGUUGCAUCAUGGAAGCCUCCUACAGCUGGACAACAUCAGCUACCUUUUUUCGGAUCCGUCUUAGCAAUGGACAUAUCACCAAAUCCAGCUUUACCGCUGCAGGGUUUGAUCCCAUCAAGUACAGGGAGCCGUGAAAUCUUCACACCUAUCUUUGACGUAUCAGGACCUGUAGGGAACUGGUAUAAGUUGGUGCAUUAUCUUCCAUCUCUAGCGGAAAUAUACAUUAUCUUUGAGCAGGCCAUACUCGCUGAGCCAGUAGCCGUAUUGUCAAAAAAUCCUCAAAUAUGUAGUGAAUUCGUAUCGGCAGUGGUAGACCUGAUUCGACCGGUCCCAUAUGCGGGUGACUCAAGGCCUUAUAUUACAAUGCAGUCCGACCUUUUCUCAACUGAGAUCGACGGCGGCCUUCCUCAACAUUAUAUGAUUGGGAUCACCAAUCCUUUCCUUCUCAGACGACUUUCUGUAACAUCUGGGAACUCCGGUCAUCGGGAGCCGCAUAUUGUUUAUCUACGGAACCCGGAGUCAGAAGUGCCUCUGAAGCCGUCACACCAAGAACAUAAUCUACGGGGAGAUCAUCAAGUUCCACAGGGGUCAUCCCGGCCCAAGCAAACAAAGACCCACCUAUCCAAGGACACAGCAUUCCUCAAGAGUCUGAGCCGCAUGAUUAGUGGAUCAAAUCCGCUCCGAGAAGAGAAUUCGGAUGUAGCGGCCACCGUCCGACGCCAUUUUGCUGCACUCGCUGGCUCACUUCUGGCACCGCUCAAUCGCUACUUUGCCACGUUGACUGAUAGUCCUUCUGCAUCACCUGGCGGAGAGGUUAGAUACGGGAAUUUUUCAGAGGCAGAUUUUCUGCAGAGUCUCUCCAAAUAUGGGUGCUCGGUCAAGUUCCGUGGCACCACAUCCUUGCAGCGGCAGAGGACACGUGAUGCCUUCUACAAGAGAUUUUGCCAAUCACCAAGUUUCUUCCGCUGGCUGGAUAUGAAGACACGAAUAGAAUUAGCAGCAUCUACAGGAGUCUCGCCCUCUGAUCCAACAGAAAAAGGAGCAACUUAG